ACCGUCUAGGGUUUUGCGUUAAGGGCGCAUGGUAAUUGCCAAGCGUUGCUUAUGUUUUUUUGUACACACAUCAAUUUUGGAAAAAAAAAAAAAAAGAAGAAGUUGUAUGUUUGGAAUCCGGGGAUGGACGUAGUUAAAAGGGUGGUGAUCCAUAACUGACAAUUAAAGCACGCAACGGUUACAGACGGAAAUAUACUUUUGGAAUAAACCGGAAUAAUUUAGGAACGUCAAGACAUUGAAAGGAAGACAGUAUUAGGAAGGUGUUCUGAUUGUCAGUUCAUAUUCCCCGUUAACGUCAUAUGAGUGUUUAUUGCUUUAUUUUUCAUAACCAUAGGACCUGAGAAUGGCAUCACCUAUGAGUGGAAUAUUCGCUUCAUUCCAGGAUUAUCUGAACACGGAACAAGAAUUACGCGAGGAAAUUCGGAACAUCGUGAAGGAUAUUGAACAAACAGCCAGAGAAAUUCUGACGACACUAGAGAAAAUUCACCAUGAAGGUGGUAUACAAGAAAUACCUGCCAGCUGCCAAAGAGCAAGAACAUUGUUUGGUGGCAUCAGAGAGGGCUACAAGAAAUUAGCAGAAAAAAUACCAGAAGACCAGUAUUAUCGGUAUCAUGAUCAUUGGCGCUUCGUUACACAACGUACUGCAUUUCUUGCUUCACUCACCAUCUUCUUGGAGUCUGGAGAGCUGGCAUCCAGAGAAACUGUUGCAGAAAUGAUGGGAGUAAAAAUACAGAGAGAUGCAGGUUUUCAUCUCGACUUGGAAGACUAUCUCAUGGGCCUACUGCAGCUUUCAUCAGAGAUGUCACGAUUUGCAGUGAACAGUGUCACUUGUGGUGAUUAUUUACGUCCACUCCAAAUCUCCAGGUUUGUGGCUGAACUCAAUGCCGGGUUCCGUCUUCUGAAUCUCAAGAAUGAUUCCCUUCGAAAGCGCUUUGAUGCUUUAAAGUAUGAUGUGAAGAAAAUUGAGGAGGUAGUUUAUGACCUCACAAUACGAGGUCUUAAACCUGGUACAAGCAGCACCAGUCCAAUGGUUGAAGAAGAAACUUCAGAUAAAGCCUAACUACAAUGGAAAUACCUGCAAUGUGUGUCUCGCCAAGGCCAUUUUCUACUGUGUUUACAUGAUGAUGUUUAUUAAAGUGAUAUUAAUGUA